AUGCAGAUACGCUGCCCAUACUUGGAGGCCAGCAUCGAGGAACUUUUCCGCACAUCACUGACAGCGCCAAUGUGCGUCCGAAGUUCGACUCAAGACACGCAGAUUCUUGGUAACCACAUUCCAAAGGGAACUGUGGUGUUUCAGGUCUGGAAUCAGGCAAGCUAUACGCAACCUGGCUUCUUUAUUGACGAUAGGCUGCGGACUCCAGCGGUUCAGGCGUCAGCAAAAGGGUCUGGAAACGGCGGCGAAGACUUUGGGUUUAGGACAGCGGAUUAUGCGCCUGAACGUUGGCUAGCGAAGUCCGGGGACGGCGGUAGAGAUGUUUUCGAUGCGACGCGAGGGAGGAACAUGAUUUUUAGCAUGGGACCAAGGGGCUGCUAUGGGCGCAAGCUGGCAUAUGUACAGAUGAGGAUGCUCGUAGUGUUGAUUUUGUGGGUUUUUCAGCUUGAAGAGUUGCCAGAUGAACUUAACACGACGGGCGCGUACGACAAGCUUACUAGGGAGCCCCACGACUGCUAUGUUCGACUGACCGCCCUAACUAUAUAG